CUAACCCCCACCUGGGAUCGCGCCGCAGUGUGCGAGGAGCAGCCACGUGCCGAGCCCGCCGGCGGGAAAAAAGAAUUCUCCCCCGCCGAUCGGAGCCCCGACCCCGAGCGUUCCAUGGACUCGCCUCCCCAAUCGUGAGAUUUGCCAGCCUCGCCGCGCCUCGCCACCCCUCACCUCCGCCUCUCUGGUUCGUCUCAUCCCAUUCCGUUCUCCCCUUCGCGUUGGGGGCAUGCGGGUUUCCCCGUUGUUCGGAUUUCACGACAUCGAUUUGCUCCUAGGAUCUAUGGUUUGAAUCCGUGGGGGCUUGCUCUGGCGUUGCUUCCGCGGAUUUCUGUAGGUUUCCGCGCGCUAUUGAUUUUGACCCGCCUUACCUCGCGAGACAAGCCGCAGGAGGGCCCCCGACGAAGCAUGUGUUUCGUCAGUUCAGCAGUGCAUUUCUCGCAAUUUUUUUAUGAAUUUUCAGAUCGUCGUAACGGGAUUUUUUUAUACUAGCCUGUGAUCCGUCAGUUAGUGGUGCAUUUCUCUGCGUUUUUUUUAAUUUAAUUCAGAAGCGUCGGAAUGCAAUUUUUGGUACAGUUAUCAAGUCAUGAUAGGCAUGAUCAAGUUUAUGCGCCACCACUAUUCUGUUCUCCUCCAUUUGAAUUAUUUUUUCCUUAAAAGGACGGAUUUUGUGUUUGGGUUGUGCAUGAACCCUGUAAUUUGUGAAUCUAGCCACUUACAAUGUUGUAACCUGGUUCAUGUUUCUGGUUCAAUUCGAUCGAAUUCAAUAAAUUUUUUUGACUAAAUAAAACAUGUUUGGUAACUCUAGAAAAAUUGAAAAAACAUUGUGGAUAAGCUUAAAGAUACCCUUUUUUUUUGAAGAAUUGCACCGUUGUUCAAAUCUUCAAUCCACCAUUCCUGAUUUGAUCCGAUCUGAAACGUGCCUCAAAAGCAAAGAUUAAAGCACCAACCCGACUUUCAAGCAAGAACAACCCAUAUAGAUGCCAGUAUGCCACCCUUGAUGUUCUUUUCCUCCACUAUAUCAAUCCACCUUUUGUCUUCUCAGUUAAUUAUUUAAUAGCGUACAGUAACGUGGUGCCACUAUAUUAUUCUGAAGCCUGCGUUAUCAACUUGAAAGUUAGAAAUAUCCUCCUUGCCCCUAGCUUGUUAUAUUCUUGUUAUCGAACCAAUUGGCAUUAGUUGUGCUAUGUUUUGUUAUUAUCGGUUCAUAACGCUAUUACUAAAUGUUUAAACACUUCCAACCUAUUCUUUUGUGAUCUGUUGGUCUAAAGCAUUGUUUUCAUAGUGUGGGGUGAUUGAUUCCCUGCAGUUUCUGAUGUGGGAAAUUGCUUUUGCUGCUGGGGAGAAUCGGUACAAAUAUAUUUGCCUAAAGAUUUCUAAUGUUGGGGUUGUUUUAUCCUGUUUAGUCCAGCAAAUCGAAUAGGAUCUUUGCAGAAGGAAGAGGGUACUAGCUAGUUUUAGGAGCUGGUAUUUUGUCUAAACGUUUUAGAAGGAAUCCGAGAUGGGCAUAGUCAGCACAGUGCUUGGUUUCUCUGGAUUUGGCUUUGGAUUCUCAGCUGGUAUUGUUAUUGGGUACUUCCUCAUCAUCUACAUCCAGCCAACCGAUGUCAAGGAUGUCAAAGUUCGCCCUCUUGUGGAAUAUGAUUCAAAAUCUUUGAAGGACAUCCUUCCAGAAAUUCCUUUGUGGGUUAAGAAUCCCGACUAUGAUAGAAUUGAUUGGCUGAACAGGUUUUUGGAGUUGAUGUGGCCUUAUCUUGACAAGGCUAUCUGCAGAACUGCACAGGAUACCGCAAAGCCAAUAAUUGCUGAGAACACUGCAAAGUAUAAGAUAGACUCUGUUGAGUUCGAAUCACUUACUUUGGGUAGCUUACCACCCACCUUUCAAGGGAUGAAAGUCUAUGUCACAGAGGAGCAAGAGUUGAUAAUGGAACCAUCUCUUAAAUGGGCUGCAAAUCCAAAUGUCACUGUUGUUGUAAAAGCUUAUGGGUUGAAAGCUACUAUCCAGAUUGUGGAUCUACAAGUCUUUGCAUCGCCUCGUGUUACUCUGAAGCCAUUGGUGCCUACAUUUCCUUGCUUUGCAAAAAUCCUUGUCUCUCUCAUGGAGAAGCCGCAUGUUGACUUUGGGCUAAAACUUCUCGGAGCAGAUGUAAUGGCUAUUCCUGGUCUUUACAGAUUUGUUCAGGAGACCAUCAAGAAGCAAGUUGCGAGCAUGUAUUUGUGGCCGAAGACACUAGAAGUACCUAUAAUGGAUCCCACAAAAGCAUCAAAGAAGCCUGUUGGAAUUCUAUGUGUGAAGGUUGUAAGAGCCCAAAAUCUCCGAAAGAAGGAUCUGCUGGGCAAAUCAGACCCAUACGUGAAACUUAAGAUGCCAGAUGACAAGCUUCCAUCCAAGAAAACAACUGUAAAGCGCAGCAAUCUCAAUCCGGAGUGGAAUGAAGAUUUCAAAUUUGUUGUGACAGAUCCAGAAACUCAGGCUCUUGAAAUUAAUGUCUUUGACUGGGAACAGGUUGGAAAACAUGAAAAGAUGGGCAUGAACAGGAUCCUAUUGAAAGAACUCCCACCAGAAGAGACUAAAGUUACUACCCUUAACUUGCUUAAGACCAUGGAUCCAAAUGAUAUACAAAAUGAGAAGUCUCGUGGUCAGCUUACUCUAGAGCUUACAUACAAGCCUUUCAAGGAAGAAGAUAUGGAGAAAGAAGGCACUGAGAGUACCGAUGUCAUAGAGAAAGCUCCAGAUGGUACUCCAGCUGGUGGUGGUUUGCUUUAUGUUAUUGUUCAUGAAGCUCAAGAUCUUGAUGGCAAGCACCACACAAACCCAUAUGCGAAAAUAAUUUUCAAAGGCGAGGAGAAGAAAACAAAGGUGAUCAAGAAGAAUAGGGAUCCACGAUGGGAGGACAAAUUCGAGUUUGUGUGUGAGGAACCACCUGUAAAUGAUAAAAUGCAUGUUGAAGUCCUAAGUAAAGCCCCAAAGAAAGGGCUGAUACAUGGCAAGGAAACUUUGGGCUACAUUGAUAUCAGCCUUGCAGACGUGAUCAGCAACAAGCGGAUUAAUGAAAAGUACCAUCUCAUAGACUCAAAGAAUGGUCAGAUCCAAAUCGAGCUGCAGUGGAGAACUUCAUAGUCACCGAGGAAAGAGCCAAAAUGCUUGAACGCAGUAUCGGAGGAGACUUAUGAAUGUUCCUAUACUCAGUUUGUGAAUAUCUGUAAUUGAGUUAAUGUAGAUAUUUCCUAUGUUUCUAGACGUCUGUUGAUGUUGUUUUUUCUCAAUUGCUCUAAUUUACAAGAAGAACUAUGUAGGCAUGUUAAUGACCCUGGAAAUGGAACUAGAACUAAUAUAAUGAUAGGGUGUUCGACCAUAUACAGAGUUACAGACACAAACCCAUCAUUCUGACAGAUUGAAAUUUGAAGACAUCCUCGAAAUGAAUUUGUGCAA